GCGAAGAUGUCUGCAAACAAAGCUGGUCAUCAAAUGAGCCUGGCGGCUCUUCAGCAGUAUGAUCCCUACAUUAUCAAACUGCUCGAUCUGACCGGACAGGUCGCUCUUUACAAGUUUAACUCCAAAGCUAACGAAUGGGAAAAAACGGAAAUUGAAGGAACGUUAUUUGUCUAUGAAAGGUCUGCAUCACCUCAUCAUGGUUUUACCAUCAUGAACCGUUUGAGCACGGAAAACCUGGUGGAGCCAAUCAACAAAGAUUUAGAAUUUCAGCUUCAGGAUCCUUUUCUUCUAUACAGGAAUGCCAGUUUGGGCAUCUACAGUAUCUGGUUCUAUGACAAGGCAGACUGUCAGCGUAUAGCUCAGCUGAUGGUACAAAUAGUCAAACAGAAGGCAUUGAGCGCUCAGCAGACCUCUCCAAAUCAGGGCAGAACAAAUGGUUGUGUGGAAACAAGACCAAUGGAUAUCCUGGAGCUGCUCAGCAAAGCUAAAGAAGAGUACAACAGGAGUCAAUCAGAAUCAGAUUUACAAGUAAGCUCAGAGGUUACUAAAGCUCCAGCAGUUAAAGUGGAGAACACAAAGCCUAUAGUUAUUGCUGCUCCACAAGAAAAGCAAACCCAUGGUGUUGUGAAGCAGAUUACUGUGGAGGAACUGUUCGGUAGCUCCUUACCCAAAGACCCAACUCCUGAGCCAUCCCCGAGUGACAGUUUUCUCCGUGGAAUGAGCUAUGGUCCUCCUUCCCUCCCCCUGGAGCCCCUUCUCACAUCACGUCUCUCGGCUAAUCCUCUCCUCCCUCAGCACUCCAUUUCUCCUGUGCUAAUGGCUUCAAGUGGGUCUGAGAGUGUUCAAGCACUUGGUGGGCAUUGUGGGCAGACUGGUCCUCAGCCUCCACCUCCUUACAUAAACCCGCUCAAAAACGACAGCCAUGGAAUACCCAAGCCAGUGGCAGUGCCAGGCUUCCUGCCGAGUGCACUGGUUACACCACAGAGUUUUCGAGAACCUACACCCAAAGUGCCGACAGCUUUCACUAGCAUAAAUGCAACAUCUGCACAGACUAAAGAAACAGAUACUUUUUCACAACCACAGGCCCAGAGUCUCGUCAAACCCAUUCCAGCAGGACUAGUGGUGCCAGGGCAGGAGCUCUCCUUGCUUCUUUCCCCCAGUGUUUUCCAGCAGUCCACCACAAAGGCAACAGAAAUACAGAGAAACCCUGCUGCUCCUCCGUCUCCUCCUGCCUCCAUGAGUGGUGGAGAAAUGCCAACACCAGUGUACAGCAAGUCACAGCUACAAGACGUACUUAUACAUUUGAUAAAGAAUGAUGCCCGCUUUCUCAGCACUAUCCACGAGGCCUACAUGCAGACCCUUUCCAAAGACCUCAACAAUGUCAAGCUAUAGCCACGGACUGCUUAUUCCUGGACUGAUCGCUUCUCUAAUUGGCCCAGAGGGCAAACUCUACAGGAACUGCAUUUAGGACAGAACCACUGCUAUUGUUCAAACUGCACUGGUUCUCUUGCUCACACCUGUCCUGUCUAAGAGAGCUGCACUGCUGGAAAUGAGCCUCGGGAUGAUUAAUGCACUGCCAGUUUAUUGCCCCAACUAUUCCUCACCGCAGAUGAUGUGCAAAUGAAGCUUUUGUUGGUCUGUGUCAGGGGAACCUGGCUCAGUUUUUGUCUUCCUUUACCAGUGUCAUUUUCUGUCCUGCCCUGUCCAGUCCUCUUUAUGAUUUUUAGCUUUUUCAUCACUUCAAGGUCAUUUCCCAUCUCUCACUUAUUCUCUCUUUAGCUUCUUAUUACUACUUAUAACAUUAAUAUAAGCAAAUGCUAUGUUGUGAACUAAUGUCAAUGGUUUAGGUAUUUGGAUUUAUCUCGCAAAUGGUUACAGGGAAAGUAAUAGAUAUUAAAGAUUUGACAUUAAAGAGCUUUUUCUGAUAUUAGGAAAUAGCUAAAUGUAACUGCUCUACUUUUAACAUGGUUAGUCAAAUUUCUGGGGCCGAUCGCACCAACAGACCUAUACCUGCUCACAAGUUGUUGUUUUUUCUGGGCAUAAAUCUAAGAUCUUUGCAUCAAUCAUCUGAGAGUCAAAUUCUGACUAUAAUAUUCUUAGGAAUAUGUCUGUAAUAACAUUUUACACAUCUCAAUUUGUAAUGAACUGUGUAUAAUCAGACGGAUAUAAAUAUAACCUGGGUUAAGUGAGUUUGUUGCUCUAGUGCUCCUUCAUCUGUUUAGUACGUCUACCGUACUGGGAACGGCAAUGGUAUGUUCCAACUUUUUUUUUUUUUAUCGUGUACAUUUAAAUAAAGCCCUCAGAAAAGAGCCCAUACAUUCUA